GAUUUAAAUAUCACAAUGUUUUAUUUUUUAAUAAUUUAAUUAUUUGUUGAUGUUUUUAAGUAUGUUUUAUAAUCAUUUAAAUCGUAAUUUAGAAUAAUAAAGUUUUUAAUAUUAUCAUGUCUUAUAGUUGAUAUUUUAUUUUAUCUUGUGUGAGGCUCACUAAAAACAUGGAUAAAUCAUAUCAAAAGUACAAAUAUAAAGUUAAAUUGUGGGAGACUAAAUUUAAGAAGAAGAAUGGAAGAAUACCUUCAAAGCACGAUAUUCAUGAGGCUGAAUUAGAAAUUCGUGAAGCUUACAAGAUGUAUUUUAAACUUAAAUCAGCAAUAUUGGAAGAAACACUUAUGGACAUAAGUUUUGAUGAUUUGGAUACCACAGAACCGAUGAACGAAUGUUCCCAAAGUUCCCAAACAGUAAAAGAUGCUGACAGUUCACACGAAGAAAUAAAUAAAUUACAAAAUACAGAUGAAAAAUCUCCCUUAAAAUUUAACUUAGAGAAAGAAAACACUUGUUGGAAUGUUGACAAAAAAGAAGAUGACAGAAAAGUUGAAGAAAUUUGGGGUUCACACUUGAGUAACAAGUUAAAACCGGAAGUAAAACCAAGCAUUCCUAUAAGUGAAAAUGCUACAGUUAAACUAUCUCAAAAAUUAUUUAAAAAUUCUAGUUUUUCAAAACGUAAUCCCAGAAAGUCUUUAUCUAGUCAAUCAUUAAAUCGUUCUGAAUCUAAUUUAAGUAUGUCUUUCUCUCAACCCGAUUCACAAUCAUCACAAAAUUCUGCAGUUGAAAGUUUGCCAGAUAUGGAUAAAUUGCUUUCAUCUCAAGCUGAGUCGCAAGAAUUUAAAACUAAUGCUGCUUACAGUUCACAACCACUUCCAAAAACAUUGAGGAGCAUUGAUAAAGGAUGGCUGGAUCGUUGCACUUUAUCAACAAGUUUAUCCCAACCUGAUUCAGGUUUUAGUAGUUUAGAAAGCACCUAUGAAUUUUCAAAACCUAAUGAUGUUGAGGAGCAUAAAACAUUUGGUUUAAGAAACAUAGAUUCAAAACAAUUAAAGAAUGUAAUAAAUACUCCUGUAGAGUCUUUUGGGCAAGAUAACACAGUAAUAGAUGAUAUUGUUUAUAAUAGUGAGUCGGAGGAUGAAGCUAGUGCUUUUGAAAUUCUGAAAAAACGAAAAAUUGAUUCUUCUCAGACUUCUCCAAAGUUUAAAAACACGACUUCUGUAAAAGUUCAAAAUAGUUACAUUCCUAAGAAAAUUCAAGAUGAACCUCAAAAUACAGUUAUUUCCAAUAAUACUAGCUUUGAAAAUGUUGGGUGUUUUGAAGAAAUUUCUCCAAAUUCCCAAAAGAAAAAGAAAUUGAUUUAUGAUCACAGUAUACUUGAAGUACCUGUUCCUAAGAAACGAAUUGCAAGAAAUGAAACUAAAAAAAUUAUUCAGAACAACAUGAUGAAGAUAAGAACCACAACCAAAAAAUAUUCCUGGGGAAAAGAAAAAACUCGCAAAACUGCUACUAAAACCACAACUGAAGGAAGAACUAGAGCUGCUAAAACAAAAAAAAAUAGUAACUUCCAUAAAUCUAUACAAACUCGUAAAAAAGCUUCAAAAAAUAAAGAAGAAACUAAAGAGUCCGAACCAGAUAUAAAUAGUUUAAAUGAAACUGAAUAUGCCUUAGAAUUUUCAAUAGACCCCAACAACGCAACUAAUGUUUCAAGAUUUGGUGUUCAUGUUGAUGGUGAAGUCAAGGGAGAUUUGGUAAAGGAAUAUGCAUCGGUCAUAUCGAGCAAUGCCAGUGAUAUUGUAGAAAAAAGUCUGAAAUCUGUACAAAAAUUUGAUGAAACAAAAUUACAAAAAGCUUCUAGAGAGAAAAUGAAUGAGAACUUCAUUAGGAUUGAUCUAAAAAAGAAAGUUUAUGUGAGAGGCAAAAAACCAAUUAAUUAUAGUAGAUACAAAAAAGCUAGGUGGAAGGAACGAAAGGCUGCUGCAUUGGCUGGUCCAGACAUGGAUAUGGGUGGUUGUGAUGGCGGCUUGCUGAAAUGUUUUAGAUGUGGCCAUGUAGGUCAUUUCGCCCAGCAAUGUAAAGCAAAAAUUGGUGAACAAUUACUACCUUUGGAACAAGACGUUGAGAUUUGCCCAUACCCAAGCUUAGAAGAGGCUUCAGCAAUGGCAACUGAAUCACUUUUACUGGCUCAUGCUAAUAGACCAAAUUCGAUUCCACAGGCAUCAAAAAUGGCAAUAGAAGAACAGCCAUCAGAAUCAGCCGUGGAUAUAGAAUUUGAAAGUGAUUUUGAUGCUUCCAUGCUGGACCAGUCAUUUAAUGAAGAAAAAGAAUCUGAUGAACAAAUUGAAAACAAUGCCGAAGAAGUUCAAUAUAUUAAUAAUCAAGAUGAUAGUAACAAUGGUCAUAAUACAGUUGAUAGUGAGAUAAAUGUUGUAACAAGUAAAAAUGAGCAGGAAAACACAGAUUCUCAACUGGCUCCUAAAGUGUUUAAAAGACAUGUCAUUCCUGAAGCUUUAUUAAGUCAAUUAUUGCCUGCAACUAAAGAUGAAAAAGAAGAAAUUAUGCCAUUGUAUAAUUUGAAUUCUGAUGGAACUCUUAUGAAAACUCCAAAAGAAGUUUAUUCUAUUCUAAACAUGUUUGGCCAUAAAGAAUUCCGACCUGGUCAAGAAAAAGCAGUCAUGCGUAUCUUAUCAGGACUCUCUACUCUUGUAACAUUAAGCACUGGUAGUGGAAAAUCACUUUGUUACCAGCUGCCUGCUUAUCUGUAUGCGCAGAUGAAACCUUGUAUCACUUUGGUUAUUUCACCUUUAGUAUCAUUGAUGGAAGACCAGGUAACCGGUGUCCCUGAUUUUCUUCAUGCAACUUGUUUACACACAAAUCAAACUCCACAACAAAGGGAGAAUAUUAUGCAGGCAAUUCAAUCCGGGAUGGUCAAUAUUCUUCUAGUUUCUCCAGAGGCAAUUGUUUCUGGUGAGAAGAAAACUGGGUUUGGUGCGCUACUUCGAAGUUUGCCUCCAAUAGCCUUUGCUUGUAUAGAUGAGGCCCAUUGUGUUAGUCAGUGGAGUCACAACUUCAGGCCCAGUUACUUAAUGAUAUGCCAGGUUUUACGGGAAAAAUUAGGUGUGAAAACUGUGUUAGGUUUAACAGCUACAGCCACAAGACAAACACGUGAAAGCAUAGUCCAACAUUUACAAAUUCCUGAUGGUUUGAAUGGUAUUAUUAGUGACAUACCUCUUCCCAAUAACUUGAAUUUAUCUGUAUCUAAAGAUUAUAAUCGUGAUAGGGCCUUGAUAGAAUUACUAAAAAGUGAAAGAUUUGCAAGUCUUCAAUCCAUUAUUGUUUAUUGCACACGGAGGCAAGAAUGUGAACGAUUGGCCAGUUUUAUAAGAACUUGCUUGCAGGACUUGAAACCUCCAGAAGAAAAACAACAACGCAAACGUAAAAGAUCAAGCGUUACUUGGAAUGCUGAGCCAUACCAUGCUGGUAUGAGUGCUUCACGUCGAAGAACUGUUCAGAAUGCAUUUAUGAGAGGCGAUCUGAGAAUAGUUAUAGCUACUGUAGCUUUUGGAAUGGGUAUAAAUAAAUCCGAUAUACGCGCUAUUAUACAUUACAACAUGCCUCGAACAUUUGAAAAUUAUGUCCAGGAAGUUGGAAGAGCAGGCCGUGAUGGACUUCAAGCUCAUUGUCACUUAUUUUUGGAUUCAAAGGGAGAAGAUCAAAAUGAAUUAAAACGUCAUAUAUAUGCUGAUUCUAUUGAUAGGCAUGUUAUAAGAAAAUUAUUGCAAAGGGUAUUUGUUCCAUGUAAAUGUGCAGAAACCAAAUCAUCUCAGUAUCGAAACGAAGAAGCGAAUGAAAUAAUUUCUAAUUCAUCUUUUGAAAACCCUGUUAAUACAAGAAAUCGAAUAUGUCCAGGCCAUGAAGUAGCAUUUAGUGUAUCUGAAACUGUACAAGCUUUGGAUAUUCCAGAGGAAAAUAUAUCAACACUACUGCUAUUUAGAACUACACCAAAUAUAUUAGAACUACACAAUAAUUAUGUUCACGUACUAAGUUCUGCUUAUACCACAUGCCGAAUUACUUCAUACGGCGGACCAAAGCAAUUGAGGUUAGCUGCUCAAAAUUGUCCACCACUUGCAAUGGCGAUUGCAUUAGAUUUGAAAAGAGGAAUCAAUCAUGAUGAAACAAGUAUUUUGGAAUUUAAAGUCAUCGAUAUUGCCUCUGCAAUAGGUUGGGAUAGUGGAGUUGUAAAGUAUUUAAAAAAGUUGGAGUGGUCUACAGAAAACGGUGCAUCGAAAAGAACUAGCCUAAAUGUUGAAUUUUCUGAUUUGGGUUUUCGAGUACGUUCGGCGGGCGAUUUAACAGAUGAAGAAUUAGAUGAAACUCUUGAUAUGUUAUAUGAAAGAACAUCUAAGCAAGAACAUAAAGCUCUAUUACAGCUCCAAUCUGUAUUCGAAGCCAUGACUUCGGUAUCUUUUCAAGAUUGCAGUAAUUGCUCUAGUUCAGCAUUGAUAAAAGAACGCUCGGAUCAUAAAGAUGAUUCUGUGAUGCCAAUGCAAAGUAUUAAGUCAAAUACAGAAGGUCAAAUUAUUUCCGAUGUACGAGCUAUGAUCUCUAAUUAUCCUGAAAAUAAUUUUACUGGGCGGGCCCUAGCUAGAAUUUUUUAUGGAAUUCAGAGUCCUAAUUAUCCUGCUGUGAUAUGGGGCAGAUGUCGUUAUUGGAGACGGCAUUUGCAUGAAGACUUCUAUCAGCUUAUUGCUAUUGCAAAUAGAGAAAUAAUUCGAAUGAG